CCGUGGUCUCGCCAGCUCCAUUAGCGAAUGUGGGGUGGUUACCUAACAUCUCUCGACUGCGAUGCGCUCCAAAUCCGACGCAAGCAAACGAUGGAACACCAUCCUCACCAAGUACUCCUCCGCGGCCUCGCUGAAGGAUGGCACCGCCCAGCGAGACGGCGAUAGUCCCUGUGAAGCUGGGUUACGGUCGAUUUGCUGGAGGAUAUUCCUACUGUACCCGGACCUCGCCCCCGAAACCUGGAUUACCACGCUCCGCUCCGAACGCAAGGCGUACGCCGAGCUACAUUCCCACCACUUGCGGAACUUCGAAGACGAGUCACUCUUUGAAGUGCCGGAUGUAGAUCCUCUAGCCGAAGACGAGUCGAACCCGUACGAGAUGUACAGGCGGGAUGAAGAGUUGCGGCAAGAGAUCCUGCAGGACGUGGAGCGGUGCAUGCCCGAGAACACUUUCUUCCGGGAACCUCACGUGCAGAACUCGCUGCUCGAGAUCCUGUUUAUCUACUGCAAGCUUAACCAGGACGUGAGCUAUCGGCAGGGCUUCCACGAGCUCGCCGCCGUCAUGUAUUGGGUUGUGGCGUGCGAUGCGAUCACGCCCAGUGAUGAGGAGGUGGUGGUGGAGGAGGGGGACGAAAUCAUGCUGGAGGCGCUCGAUGCCAGGUUUAUCGACCACGAUGCGUUUUCGCUCUUUCAGUGCGUGAUGCGCGCUGCGAAACAGUGGUAUGAGCUCGGUGAGGGCGAGCCCGGCAGGAGGGGCGGGUCUAUCGUUAAUUCGCCCAUCGUCAUGAAGAGUAAACAUAUUCAUGAGACGCUACUAAUGACCGCGGAUCCGGAGUUGGCGGAGCGUCUGAAGGAGUUGGAUGUGCUGCCGCAGGUGUUUUUGAUUCGUUGGAUCAGGUUGCUGUUCGGAAGGGAGUUCCCGUUCGAGGAGCUGCUCACAGUGUGGGACGUUAUCUUUGCAGAAGAUCCAGAUCUUCAUCUCGUCGAUUUGAUCUGUGUCUCGAUGCUCCUUCGGAUUCGGUGGAAACUUGUGAAGGCGGACUAUUCCACUGCGCUGACGCUCCUCCUACGUUAUCCAUCCCCGUCGGCACCGUACGGGCCUGUCUCUUUUGUCGAAGACGCAAAGUAUCUCCGCGACAAUCUCUCCACAGGCGGCGGGAAAUAUAUCAUUACGAAGUACUCCAAGCGGGCACCCGAAGCCCGGCAGCCACGGCCAUCUACGCAAAAGCCUCCCACACGCCGGACAUUGAGCCCCUCCAACCUCCCACUCUUCCAAACCGCACAAAUUGAGAGCAUUGUUCAAGAUGUCGCGAAGAACGUCCUGGAUCGCAGCGAGAAAUGGGGGGUCAACCGCGCUGUUCGCGAGGCGGUCGUAGAGGUCAAGAAGAACGUUCAGGGAUAUCAACCUAAGCCUCUGCCGAAUACGAAGGAGGAGGAGCUGGAGCGGCGCAACCGGGAACUUACCAGCCGACUGCAGAAGGAGGAGGAGCGGAGAAGGCAGCUCGCACGUAUUUUGGACACCAGUUUAGGCGUGCUACAGACCGAAAGUAUCGGCCAGAAGGAGAGCGACGAUGCCUUCCGGCGGAUCACACAUGUCAAGGAGUGUUUACUCGACGACUCCCGACCACUAGACAAAGACCUUCUUGUUUCACCGUCCACUCCCACGGCCACCUCCCCCGUCGCGGCCAAAACCCGGCGGCCCUCCGCCUCCACCAAACCCACCACUUCCACCACUUCCACCACCACCGCCACCACCACCACAUCCUCGCCGCGUCCCCGGCGCUCCCCCACCUCCCCACCGGGCUCCUUCGUCAAGACCUCGUUCAAAAACAACUCGGACCCGGACUUCAUCUCUCUCGCGCAGCGGCCGCGGGUGACGCUGGCGCAGAGCAGCUUUGCGUGGAUGCUUGGCGACGAGCCGAUCUCGAAGCAUCGUAGCGGCUUUGUGGCCGCGCAGGGCGGAAAGAGUGCGCCUGUCGUAGAGAAGCAGAUGGAGCCGAAGAAGGGGAAGCUGAAGGCUGCGGAAGAUGGGCUCGGGCUGCAGAAUGAACAGGGCGAUACAGCAUUCGAUUUAAGGGAUUUUAGGAAGGGCUAAGGCAGUUGGGGGUAAUCGGGACUCGGGAGGUUGGUGUGGGAGGUCUGGAGGUCUUUCGUUAUACCCGCAUGCAACGCUCUUUUUCUUCUUUUUCUGCUUCUUGCGCUCCUGUCGUUAAAUUGGCGCGGUUGUGAAUUGUAGACAAAUGAAUUAAACCAUAGUUACUCUAGC